UCGUGACGUCACCCCCCGUCCUGUCAGAGACGCUGAAGAUGGCGACGUCCCGGACUCUGCGGCAGCAGCAGCGCGGCUUCCCCGCCUCGCUGUUCGUCCUCCUCGGCCUGCUGAGCGCCUCACAGUCGGUGCGGAGCGACGAGCAGGUGCCGCUCAUCCUGUGGAGCAGCGGAGGGACCCCCGCGGCCCCGCAGGCCCCGCCCUCGGCGGGCCACAUCGUGGAGCAGCAGCAGCUCUCGGCCUACCUGGACGCCGCCCUGGAGGCCGGACCCCGGAACGUGGUGCUGUUCCUCCAGGACAAGAUGAGCGUGGAGGACUUCACCAUGUACGGCGGAGCGUUCGGCAACAAGCAGGACAGCGUCUUCCCCAACCUGGAGGGAGCGCUGACGUCCUCGUCCUCGCCACUCGUCCUGCCCGCCGUGUCCUGGCCCGCCUCCGGCGCCGUGAUUGGCCAGCUGCAGGAGCAGCUGGACACGUCCCCGCUCUACAUGGACCCCGAGACGCUGAGCCAGCUGAGGCUCAACGCCUCGUCCCCCGCUCUGCUGGUGUUCCGGCUGCCCUACGGCAUCGGGUCUGAUCUGAUGUCUGCUAAAGAAGUGCUGAGUGGGAACGACGAGGUCAUCGGUCAGGUGUUGUCCAUCAUGAGGACGCAGGCUGUCCCCUACACGGCGGUUUACACAGCGCUGCGGCCGUCCAGGGAGGGGGCGUCCCUGUCCCUGGAGGCGGGGCUUGGCGGAGGCCGCUCGCUGCUGCAGGCCAGGGGAGGAUACCGGGAAAGAGCGAGAGAGCAAGAGAGGCAGCGGAAGCUGAAGGAGCAGGCGUCCUCCACCUACAGCCCGGUGGAGUUCAAGGAGGGCGAGCGGACCUGCAUCCUGCUGUGGGCCCGCGGCCUGACGGUCGGCAUCCUGCGCGGCGGCCGCUGGGAGGACCACGACCUGACCCCGGCGACCUUCGGAGAGGGGGUCAGCCCCCGGCUGCAGGGCUCCAGCUGCAACGAGAGCAUAGCCCGGCUCGUCCUGAACUACGAGAACGUUCUGGGCCACCGCAGCUUCAAGCUGACCUUCACCAUGAGCCAGCGGUUCUACCGGGUGUCGGCGCGGCGCUGGUUCCAGAUGGACGCGGUGGAGCUGGACUACGACGGCACCAGGGCCACGUUCAACGGCAGCCGGAGCGUCUACGCCCCGGCCGAGUACUCCUUCCGCUGCGAGUCGGUCAGCAGCUCCCGGUGGCCCCUGCUGGUCCCGCGCUCCGCCAAGGACCCGGCCAACCAGUGGAGGGUGUCGUUCCGGGACUUCCAGGUCCAGGGCUUCUCGCUGCGCGUGGCCGAGUUCUCCUACGCCAGCGACUGCGCCGGCUUCUUCUCGCCCGGCGUGUGGAUGGGGCUGCUGACCGGCCUGCUGCUGCUGCUGCUGCUGCUCUACGGCCUCCACAUGGUGCUGCAGCUCCGCACCAUGGACCGCUUCGACGACCCCAAGGGCCCCGCCAUCUCCGUCCCCCAGACCGAGUGACCGCCCGGCGGUCCCCGGCCCCUCUGUCCCCCGUCCCUCUGUCCCCCGCCCCUCUGUCCCCCGUCCCUCUGUCCCCCGCCCCUCUGUCCCCCGUCCCUCUGUCCCCCGCCCCUCAGCCUCCUCUCUGUCCUCUCUCUCCUCCACCCGUCUCCGUCCUCUGUUGCUCUUUGACCUUUCGAGGUCACACCUUGACCCAUAAAUGGAACCGGGCCAUCGAUCAUAUUGAUGAAUAGAAACACCGAUCCAACUCACCCAAACCGGUUUGAACUGGUUUCAGAGAGUUUCAGUAUGAAGGGGUACCAUUUUGGAACAGCCUGUCCUUUAGUCCCACUGUCCUCCCCUUCCUGUCCUCUUGUCCUUCCUGUCCUCUUCUUCCUGUCCUCUUGUCCUUCCUGUCCUCCCCUUCCUGUCCUCUUGUCCUUCCUGUCCUCUUCUUCCUGUCCUCUUGUCC